AUGAGGUCGUCGUCACAAAGAAAGAAGACGAUUGCGUGUGUUGGGGCCGGAUACGUGAUACAUAUGCUGACGAUGGUUGCCGCGCAGGGUGGCCCAUCCAGUGCCAUACUUGCCUUUCAAGUCCCCGAGAUUGACGUCCAUGUCUUGGACAAAAGCGACUCGCGGGUUGCGGCAUGGAACUCUGAUCGUCCACCUAUCAGCGAGCCCGGGCUACACGAUGUAGUUCGGGCGACCCGGGAACGGGCUCGGCCGAACCUCUUCUUUUCCACCGAUAUGGACGGUCUGAUUCCCAAGGCAGACAUCAUCUUCAUCGCUGUUCAAACCCCUCCUACACCGGAAGACGAUAGGAGCGGUUGUGACGGAGUAGCCCCCGACCUCAGGAGCUUCAACGCCGCAGUCCAACAGAUAGGAAGCCUGCUCACUAAAGACGCCAUUCUCGUCAAUAAGAGCACUGUCCCGUGCGGAGCGGCUGAAGAGACGGCCAGGCUGCUCCAGUCACGGCUACGCCCUGGGAUCAAGUGCGAGGUUCUCUCAAACCCGGAAUUCUUGGCCGAGGGCACUGCGGUCGAAGACCUGCUCAACCCGGAUCGCGUCUUGAUCGGUUGCUCCUCGUCACACGCUGGCAGGGCCGCUGCAGCUGUUCUGGGCGACCUAUACGCUCGAUGGGUGCCGCGGGAACGCAUUGUAACCAUGGGUACGCGCUCCUGCGAGCUGUCCAAACUGGCUGCAAACAUGCUCCUGUCCCAGCGUAUCAGCAGCAUCAACGCCCUAAGCGCCAUAUGCGACAAACUGGACGCAGAUGUCACCGACGUCUCGCGUGCCUGCGGCAUGGACCGGCGAAUCGGUCCCCAUAUGCUUCGAGCAUCUAUCGGGUUUGGCGGCAGCUGUUUUCGCAAAGACGUACUCCACCUCGCCCACACUGCAAGGAGCCUCGCGCUCGAUGAGGUGGCAGGGUACUUUGGCAGCAUUGCGACCCUUAACAAACACCAGACUGAGCGGUACGCAAGAAGACUACUUCAACACAAUGUACAGGGUGCAAGACUUCAAAUCGUGGCGGUGCUUGGGUUUGCUUUCAAGCCUAAUACUGGCGAUACCCGCGACUCGCCGGCUAUUUCCUUCAUCCGGUGCUUGGUUCUUGAUGGCGUCUUUGUCAAAGUGUUUGAUCCUAUUGUGCCCAAGUCGAGGAUCUUAGAUGACGUGAAGGCUAGCCUCCAAGGCCUAGCCUUUAUUGCCGAAUCUCGCCUGGCUGUGAGUGAGGAUCCAUAUGAAGCUUGCGACGGUGCCAACGCGGUGGCUAUACUCAACCCUUGGGACGCUUUACAAUUCGAAACUACCCAGAGUGAUUCAGGUAGGUUGCACCGAAAAACCCUGUUCCCCAGAUUUCUGUUGCCUGGACUGGGCUUGGAUAACAUUCAAGCAGACGAAGAACCCUCUAGGAGAGUCCAGUGGGAGAUGAUCGCACGCUCCAUGAAGCACCCCAAGCUCUUGUUUGAUGGUCACAACUUCCUUAACCGGAAUAUAACGUCCCUAGGGUUUGACCUCCAAGGCAUCGGGCGACUUUCACCACCAAGGACUACACGCGGUCGGGGGGGAUCUUCAACUACCUUUACUCCUCGCUCAUCCCUGUAG